AUGCCCCCAAAACCAUUCAAUCCCCCUCGUCCGUCCGGUUCCAAACCUCGCGGACGUCCCAAAGGCACAACUUCUACAUCUGCCACUUCCAAACCUAAAUCUACAGUCAAACCGGCAGUUUCCAAGCAACCCCGCGUUUCCAAAACUCCCACUUCUCAACUUGAAGCCUCAGAUUCAGAUUCAGAUUCAGACUCCGAGUCAGAAAAAGAUAAAAAUGAUGAAAUGGAAGUCGACGAGGAUAGCGACGAUCCAUUUGCAUCACAACGACCUAUAUCAAAAGGGAAAGCCAAAGCAUCAACAUCUAUAUCUAUAUCAACAUCUAAAUCCACAACCAAACCCUCAACCUCCAAAGCUAAAAACAACGGCGAUCCCCAAUUCUCCGAUUCCGAGCUCGAAAUGAUAUCACCCCCUCGUCCUACUCCUCGCACCACCGCUUCAACAUCUACCCACCCAAACCCAGCAGAAGAAUCCGAUUCUGAUUCCGAAAGUCGCACCACGAUUCCGAUUGAUCUGCUCUCGAAAAUCAUGCACGAAUUAUUUGUAGAGCCGAACACGCGGAUUUCGAAAGAAGCGAAUAAAGCGGUGGGGAAGUAUAUGGAUACGUUUGUGCGAGAGGCGAUUGCGAGGGUGAGGUAUGCGGAGAGGGGGAGUGGGAGAGGAGGUGGGUUUUGGGAGGUGGAAGAUCUGGAGAAGAUGGCACCGCAGUUGUUGUUGGAUUUUUGA